AUUCAAUUACCGGUCGGAAUUAAAUAUUAGGGACAAUGACUACGACUUACAAGGUCGUGAAGUUCAUGGUGAAGGUCAAGCUCAUGGAAAAGAGCGUAAAGAGCCAUGUUGGGAGCGUAAUAGUGCAGAAGGUGAUGAUCCAGUAAAGUAUGCUCGGGACGACCUGGAAAAAAAAGGUAAACAACCAGCCAAUCCACCCGGCCAUGGUUGAGGGUGCUGGAGGCGAUGACAGAGGUGGGGGUGGCAGAUGGGAAGCCGCAAUGCCUGUCACUCCCGAUAAACUUGCGGUUAUGGCGGGGGCUCGAGCAGCGUGUGAAAAGGCCGAGGAGAAAGUAAGCUCGUUCGGGGGUUCCUGCAGCGAGGAGGGCAGCAAUUGGGGUAGAUUAUCCAGGCCUCCGCCGUUGGCCAUAAUGGUGCCCUUGUAGUCCCUGAAUAACCGGAAAUGAAAAGCGAGAGGGUUAUUGUUUUCCCUGACAGGGUGUGGAUCGAAUGUGCGAGAACCGGGCGACGAAUGCGGGAAUGACGUUGAAUCCUGGCGGAACUUGGCACAAGUCCAAUCUCACACUCCACGGCUGUAUCGAAGCUCAAUGUCUCGCAGAAUUGACCAUGACCCUGGCUCUCAUUGCGGCCAACGUGCGCGCAGAAACAAUGUUGGCUGGUGGGUGUCUGUCAACGGCCCGCGCGGACAGCCAAGCAGCAGCCAAUCUGGACCCGCGAUCAAAGCGACGGAACGAGGGUUUAUUCGGAAGACUGUUCGGAUCGAGCGAUAGAGGAGGGUAUGGAGGGUUGGAGGGUUGGAGGGUUGGAGGGUUGGAGGGUUGGAGAGUUGGAGGGUUGGACGGAGGAGAUGGUAGGAGGACGGUCAACCGCGACGGACGGAGAGCGUGAAGGCGGACGGCAACGUGAUUCGUUUUGCCGUGGCUGCGAAGGUUCAGCUGAUCGGGUCACGAAUUGACGAGGUAGCACCAGUGGUAUUUAAUGUGUUGCAGUUGAGGGUAG